AUGCGGCAUCGGUGCGCGGGGGCUGUCCAUCAGCAUCAGCAUCAGCAUCAGCAUCAGCAGCAUCAGACCCCCCAGCAGACGGCAGCGAGCGGCGAGCCAGACGCGCCUGUUUUCAGCCUGCCGCCCCCGCCCUCUUCCCAGCACCGAGAGUGCGACGCGCACCGCCGGAGCCUCCAGGAGCUCCCCUGCCUGAGUCAGCCCGCGCGGCGCGGGGAAACGCCGUUUCCACCGGGCGCGCAGCAGGAUCCCUGGGCCCCGGCCGGCUCCCAGCCUCUUUUUCCCAGCUGCCACUGCAGCUUUUCCACGGACCAUUCACAAAACCAGCGUCCUCUCCCCGCACCGCAGCCCUCCCCUGCGCCUAUUCCGCCGCCGCCAACCGCCUUUCCCGGGGAUUGUCAACGUCUGGCAAGGAGUGCCGAUAAUUACCGCCAGGCGAGCAUCGUGGAACGCUGCAGGGGAGGAGGAGGAGACCACAGGCAGCUGCAGCAGAAGCAACACUGUCAUCCACCCAGGGACUCCUCCCCUGAAGGAAUCCGUGCAAACUCGCAGAAAAGGUGCAUUCUCGCCGAGCCGCGGACGCAGCAGCAACAGAUCCCGCAAUUGCGAGCGCAGCGGCAGCUACUGGUGGGGAGCAGCCUGCCCGUCAACUACUGCGCCAGCGGCUCCGGGGAGCUAUGUAGGACCCGCCAGGCUCCACUGCUGCAGCAGCAGCGCGCACCGGGGCUCGUCGUCUCCCAGCGGCCGCAGCAGCAGCAGCAGCAGCAGCAGCACGGUGACCAGCAGGACCGCAAGAAGUGCGCCAGGACCCCCGCGCCAGGCGCAACGCCCCCGGCCAAGUCGAGUGCGACCGGCAGCAGCAGCGGCAGCAGCAAGGAGAGCCCCAACUACGGCUCCAGCUAUCACCUGUGGCCGGAGAGCCCGCAUAAAGGCGAGGAGAGGAUCCGCAUCGACCCCCAUAAGGUAGAAUCACGCGGCGUGUAUGGGUUUUUUUUUUCUCUCUCCCACCCCCGCUGACCGCGCCUGGCGUGUUAUUUACAGCAAAGAUAGAAUGUUAAAAAAAAAUUUUAUUAAAAAAAAAAAAAAAAAAAAAAAAAAAAAAAAAAGACGCACUAUCACGCAUGUAACAACAACCGCGCGUCACACCUGUUCCAUGUUGCGGUGGGGUGGUGGUGCGCGGCCCACGGAAAUAUUCAAAUGAGGCUCCCGUGACAAAGCGCCUGUUGUUGCAUGUUCGUGUUGGGGGGCUUUUUUUUUUAAAUUUUUUAUUUAUUUAUUUUUUGCACACAAUGUGGGCUCGAACGUGGCCUGCCGACAUUCCUCCGAGUCACUCCACAGAUGUGCGCCCCACGUCGCACGUACGAGCUGCAGCACG